UGGUUGAGUAUUUUGUUGGAAAAGCGUGGAUAAAAUUUAUUUACAUGUGUUUUAUUCAAUUUUUCUCAUGAAAUAUGUUAAUUUUCUAAAUAAGUGUAUGACCUUGGGUUUGAUUUUGUAGCGUAAAUAGGCUGGUGACCUAGGUUCAAUAGUUGCUGUUCUGCUAUACCAACAAACAUGGAUGUUGGUGAACUGCUGUCGUUCAAACCGACGCCUACACCCAAGCGGCCCAAUGAGGACGAUAGUGACGAAGAUGAGGACACCCCUAGAGCGGCGAAAAUGCGCCGCUUACCAAAGACGAAAAAUGAUCAUACGUUAUACACAACUAUAAAGGGUCUACCUAAGGAACCUGUCAUAUCAGAUAAGGAGAGGGAGGACAUAAUUCGGUUUGUUGAGACAGAAGCCACAGAGGGUGAAGUUCUUGAUGAAACAGCUGUGAAAAAGUUAGUGUUAAAUUUCGAGAAGAAAGCAUUGAAGAACAGGGAGAUGAGGAUCAAGUUCCCCGACCAGCCUGAGAAAUUCAUGGAGAGUGAAAUUGAUCUGCAUGAAGCAUUACAGGAGUUAAGUGCAGUAGCAACAGUGCCUGACCAGUAUCCUCUACUUGUGGAUCUCAAAUGUGUCAAUUCUUUAUUAGAAUUACUAUCACAUGACAAUACUGAUAUAUCUACACAAGUUGUAAAUCUACUGCAGGAGUUGACUGAUGUGGACAUACUGCAUGAGAGCGAGGAGGGCGCGGAGGAGCUGAUCAACGCGCUGGCGGAGGCGGAGGCGCCGGCGCUGCUGCUGCACAACUUGCAGCGCCUCGACGAGCAGCUGCCCGACGACAGGGACGCCGUGCACAAUACGCUAGGUAUAAUAGAGAACAUCACAGAAUUCAGGCCAGAGAUGUGUGUAGAGGUGGCCAAACAAGGUUUCCUGCAAUGGCUAUUGAAGAGACUCAAGCUGAAGGUGCCUUUCGACGGUAACAAGUUGUAUGCUACCGAGAUCCUAUCCAUAUUAUUGCAAAAUACUCCUGAGAACAGAAAGAUGCUUGGAGAACUUGAUGGUAUUGAUGUUCUGCUGCAACAACUAGCUUUCUACAAGCGGCACGACCCGAGCGGCGCGGAGGAGCAGGAGGCGAUGGAGAACAUGUUCGACGCGCUGUGCUGCGCGCUCAUGGAGCCCGCCAAUCGCGACCGUUUCCUGCGCGGCGAGGGGCUGCAGCUUAUGAACCUCAUGCUGCGUGAAAAGAAAAUGUCCCGUAACGGGUCUCUGAAGGUGCUCGAUCACGCGCUGUCUGGGCCGGACGGGCGGGACAACUGCAACAAAUUCGUCGACAUCCUAGGCCUGCGCACUGUGUUCCCGCUGUUCAUGAAGACGCCCAAGCGGAAGAGACUCUUGACUGUCGACCAACAUGAGGAACACGUGGUGUCUAUAAUAGCGUCAAUGUUGCGCAACUGCCAAGGCAGUCAGCGACAGCGACUGCUUGCGAAGUUUACCGAGAACGACCUUGAGAAGGUGGACCGACUUCUCGAGUUACAUUUCAAGUAUAUGGACAAAGUCGACCGUACAGAGAAAGAAAUGGAGCAAGAAACAGAGGAAAUGGAUGACGACGCGCAAUAUUUAAGACGACUCUCGGGCGGUCUUUUUACACUGCAACUUAUUGACAGGAUAAUCUUAGAGGUAUGUACGGCGGGCCCCCCGGCGAUAAAGCAACGAGUCCAAAGAGUGCUGUCCCUACGUGGCGGCUCCUUGAAGAUCAUCCGACACGUUAUGAGAGAGUAUGCCGGCAACCUGGGCGACGCCGGCAGCGAGGAGUGGCGGCAACAGGAGCAGCAGCACAUACUGCAACUUGUUGAUAAGUUCUAACGUGUGUUCAACUUUUACUAUUAAUAUAAUUGAAAAUGAUUCCAG